AGCAGUACGAAAUGGACCGAAGGAGGCGCUGAGAGGCCAGGAGCCCAGGACGCUGAACUCUAGACGCCCUGGAGACACGUGGGGCAAGAAGUUCGACAGGCGACAACGACUGCAGACAACCCUGCCCAGGGACGGAUGCGGGAGCUCGGUAGGGGUGCCCAGGGGCGGUAAUAAGGGGUCUACGCGGCCGAGCGAGGGGCGCGGAGUGAGGAGGGAGGCAGAGCCUCGGCCCUGCAGCCGCUGCCAUGUGGCCCCCGGACCCGGACCCGGACCCCGACCCGGAGCCCGAGCCCGCGGGCGGCUCCCGGCCUGGCGCUGCGGUCCCCGGGCUCCGCGCCCUGCUGCCGGCGCGCGCCUUCCUCUGCUCGCUCAAAGGCCGCCUCCUGCUGGCGGAGUCGGGUCUUUCCUUUAUCACCUUCAUCUGCUAUGUGGUAUCCUCAGCGUCUGCCUUCCUCACAGUGCCUCUGCUGGAGUUUCUGCUGGCCCUCUACUUCCUCUUUGCUGAUGCCAUGCAGCUGAACGAUAAGUGGCAGGGCUUGUGCUGGCCCAUGAUGGACUUCCUGCGCUGUGUCACCGCUGCCCUGAUCUACUUCGUCAUUUCCAUCACAGCCGUCGCCAAAUACUCAGAUGGGGCUUACAAAGCAGCUGGGGUUUUUGGCUUCUUCGCCACCAUCGUGUUUGCGAUUGACUUCUACCUGAUCUUUAACAACGUGGCCAAAUUCCUCAAACAAGGAGACACCACAGAGGAGAACACAGCCCAAAGGGCAGAAGGUGCUUACGCUCUGCACAAGGCCUGAGUCAGGGGCUCUGCACAGGUUUAUCAGGAGGUGCCACAGCUAGUUUGGAACUGCAGCCUCUCCAGGGCCUGCCUCAGUCACAGUCCAGAGAGGCAGGAGGGACGGCAUGGAUAUAAGUGCUGACGCGGAAUGGAGUCCUCCUCAAGGGCUCCAAGGCCUGUUGCCCAUUUCUCUGCCCUGCCCCCAGGUAGACUUGAAAAAGAGGUGUUUGGCUCAGCACCAACCUCACACCAUUCUGGUGUCCUCUGUGCUUGCCCUGGCCUUUGUGUCACCCCUUCUUUGACCAUCAUGUGCUGGCACUAGGUAUGCACAGAUGGACAUGAAAACUCAGUCCCAACAGGAGUUGAACCCCAAAGCAGAGCUACACUGGACAUAGCAGGGCAUGUGUCAUACUAGGGGUGCAAGAGGAGGUAUCAGGGAAGAUCUCCAAAUGGGGUGCCAAUUACAAUAAAAUGGAAGCUAACAGGUAAGAAUAAAGCAACUGAGGGUGGUCCACUGUGUGCCAGCCUUAUGGAGGUAACCAGAGACUUAUGGAGGAACCCUGGAAACCCUAGAGCUGGGUCUUGAUGGAUGUAUAGUAGUGUGCAGGAAGAAGAAAUGGGGCUGGUGGGAGGAGAGGAAAGCAGAGGAUAGAGUGCUUGGUCUAGGUGAGACAAUUCUCUGGAGCCAUCAGUGCUCAUAGCUGGGCAGAUAAGACAAGGGAGCUCUCAAGGCCUAUAGGCCCCACCUUGGAGUUGAGACCUUCCCACUGAGUGCCUGUUGUCCCAGGUGGGACCCAUGCUUAUUAGGAACCACCAGGUUCCCAACAGCUGGGCUCUAGGGCCAUGGAGAUCUGUGCAGCAAAGAUGAGGUUGAAGAUUCUAAGAGUGCUGGGCUGGCCACAGAGGAGACAAACAUCUAAAAACAGCAACUGGCACUGGGGUUGGGGCAGGGGUGGGGUGUUCUCCUUUCCUGGGCUGGGGAGUUCCAGAGGGCUCUGAUCUUCAGUAGUGGGAUUUCAGGAACCCUGAGUCAUGCCUCACUGACAGGCCCUUAACAUUAUAAAACUGUGAUCACAAUAUCAAACAAGGAAGGAGGAGGAAAUUUGAAACUAUGAAACAGCUAAAAAUGGACUGCUGAGUUUUCGGUAUAUUUUAAUUUGGGGAAUAAGAAAGUAGUUAUUUUUGCCUUCUCCUGCUAAAUAAAUUGGGGACAUCCUCUGGAGUCUUGUGAGGGUAUAGAGAAGGGGCAACCAGACUUCAGUCUGGAGUGGAAGUGUCCCCAUCCCCCCACCCCAUCCCCUACUCAGAGACUGCCUGGGGCUCCUGCCAGCGACCUAGCUGUGCCUCUCCAGGGACUACUCCCAGGCACUACUGCCCUAGAGACUCCUCUGCUUU